AUGUCUUUCGAAGAUCCAGAGAAGAAGGAGAGUUUAGACCAUGGCGACGAUAUCGCUAGACCAGAGAGCGGACGGCGCAAGUCAUCGAUGUCGAGGCGGAAGAACAGUGCAUAUGAAGACCCUUUCGCACGAAAAGAGAGUGUAGACGCGGGCGAGAUCCAAGAUGCAGAUAUCGACUAUCAGUCGAUGGAGUGGUGGCAAGCGGCAAUGAUCAUGAUUGCCGAAACGAUCUCGCUGGGCAUUCUUUCACUACCUUCGGUACUUGCGAGGAUUGGUCUCGUGCCUGGACUGAUUAUACUUAUUGGACUUGGAAUCAUCGCAACUUACACUGGAUGGGUUAUUGGACAAUUUAGAAUGAAGUAUCCUUGGGUAAGAAGCACGUGCUCAGCAACUAUAAUCCAACCCAGCUCACAAUCUCGAAGNGUCGUGUCUUUUGCAGAUGCAGGCGAAAUUCUCUUCAAACCGCUCAAGAUGGGCGCCAUCGGCCGCGAGGUAUUCGGUGCAGCACAAACAAUCUUUCUGAUUUUCACCAUGGCCAGCCAUAUUCUGACCUGGACCAUUUGCCUCAACACCAUAACCAACAGCGCCACAUGCACUGUGGUCUGGGCAGUGAUUGGACUGGUGCUCUUCUGGCUGUUUGACUUGCCUAGGACUCUCAAGAAUGUGUCGUUCAUGUCGAUUGCAUCCUUUAUCUCCAUCUUCUCUGCUGUAAUGAUCAGUAUGAUCGCGAUCGGAAUCCAUAAACCGAGAGGCAACACACCGCUGGCUGCAACUACGGUAUUGCCUUUCACAGAUGCCUUUGUUUCUGUCAGCAACAUCGUUUUCGCUUACGCUGGACAUUCAUGUAAGUUUUAUCUUCUCCUCUACGCUUAUGCUUCCCUGUUCCGCAGUCUUGCUGAUGCUUUGAAGGUNUUCUUUGGCUUCCUAGCUGAGAUGAAGAACCCUGCCAAAGACUGGACGAAAGCUUUGAUCUUCCUGCAGACGUGGGACAUUGGUCUCUACAUCAUUGCUGCGACCGUCAUCUACGUUUUCGCUGGCCCAGAUGUUGAAUCUCCCGCUCUUGGGUCAGCUGGUCCAAUCAUCAAGAAAGUCGCUUGGGGUAUUGCGAUUCCGACUGUAGGUCCACCCUCAAAGCCGCUAGGUCUGUACCAGAUGCUAAAAACUUCUAGNAUCAUCAUUGCAGGUGUGAUCUACGGCCACGUCGCUGCAAAGUAUAUCUUCGUGCGCUGCUUCAGAGGCACCAGACACAUGACCAAACGAACCAAGACCAGCACUCUUGCCUGGACUGGCAUCACUCUGACCAUCUGGGUCAUUGCCUGGAUCAUCGCAGAGUCAAUCCCAAACUUCAACGACUUGCUUGGCUUGAUCAGUGCUCUGUUUGCCUCACACUUCACCUACACGUUGAGUGGUGUGUUUGGGCUGUUCCUCAACCAUGGACAUUGGUUCGACAAUUGGAAGCAGAUCACGCAAUUUAUCGCCAACUGGGUGGUUAUUGCGAUUGGUGCGACAGUAUGUGUUGCUGGACUUUACAGUUCAGGCACAGCAAUUGCUGCCGAUGGAGGAAAUGGUUCGUGGACAUGCAAGAGCAAUGCUCAGUGA